UCUAGAGAGAAGAAUCUUUAAGAAAUACGUUACCAUAAGAGUUUAAGACAUAACUCUAUAUUUAUUUUAGAUAUCUAUAUAAACGUUAAAAAGUUAUGGCCCUUGUAUGCUUGAUGCUUGCAUUUCUCACAGUUGGUAUCAUGAAGAUAGAGAUGACCGGAGCACAAAACAUUCAGUCAGAAGUAAAGUUCCCAGCGUCAAUAUCUUCGGUUUAUCAGGGGAAUUGUAACAAUGAAACCCUGGGAUAUAACAUGUCGAAAACUCCUGGCGACAACGGAUUUCACAUAAACAUUUUAGGGGACCCUGAUGGAUAUAUCCCAGGAGAGGUUUACACAAUUUCCUUACAGGAAUACAAACGGCACUAUACAAUCCAGAAGUUCAUUAGUUUCGUUCUAUCGGUUGAGCCUAAAGUGAUCGCAAACUACUUGAACUAUAAUAAUGAUGUGCCCCUGAAUGUCGGCUUCUUUCAGAUGUAUGAGGAUGGCUUAUCUAAAUUCUUUGAGGACUGCCCUCAUAUCAUUGUCCAGACUUCAGGCAUUCCAAAGUCCGAGAUUCAGGUGAUGUGGACGGCUCCACCUUCGAUGUCUGGAUGUGUUGUAUUUAAAGUGAAGAUUAUGGAAUACAACGAUGUUUGGUACAUGGAUGAUGGAGGCUUGACUAAAGAGUUAUGUGAAAAAAAAAAACAGGAAAAGCAAGACGAAGAGCCGCAUAUAACUGAAGAUUGUUGCGCAUGUCAAGAGGCUAAGUACGAAGUUACUUUUGAAGGUUUAUGGUCUCGACAUACACACCCAAAAGACUUUCCUUUGAGUGAAUUAUUGCCUCACUUCUCGGACAUCAUCGGCUCUUCACAUACAGCUGAUUUCCAGAUGUGGGAUUACGAUGGUUUCGCCUCUGAAGGCUUGGGUCUUUUGGCGAAAUCAGGAACUACAAAGAAACUAGAAUCUGAAUUAAAAUCUGAGUCAGAGAAAAUUAGAACUAUUAUCAAGGCAAGAGGAUUGUGGCAUCCAAACUUGAACGGAAAAACAUACGCCGUAUUUCGAGUGGACAAGAACCACCACUUGGUAUCACUACUGAGUAAAGUCAGCCCGAGUCCUGAUUGGAUUGUAGGAGUCAGUGCUUUGGAGCUGUGUGUGAAGAACUGCUCAUGGGUAACCAAAAAGGUUAUAGAUCUCUACCCUUGGGAUGCUGGAAUAAAUGAUGGAGAAUCUUACUUAUCCACUGUGUUUCCUACGAUACCUCAAGAAAGGAUCAGAAGAAUAACAUCACGUCAUCCAAACAGCCCACAAUCACCAUUUUUCGAUCCCACCGGAAUGCCUAUGAAACCAGUAGCGAGGUUGACGAUAGCACGGCAAAGAAUUUACGAAAAGUCAUGCGAUAAAACCGAACAAGAUGAAAGAAAUCACCCAAUGGCAGAAGAUUGUGACGUGGCAGAAUGGACGAGUUUUACUCCGUGUAGCGUCACUUGUGGUCGUGGUAUACAGAUGAGAACCAGAAACUUCAUUAACAAACAAGAUGCGCGGAAGACAGAAUGCUUCACAAAACUGACAGAAAAGAGAUACUGUGAUGUGAAAUGUGAAAGGAAUAUUAGCUGCGAAACAAGCAAUUGGAGUGACUGGACAACAUGUAGCGUGACUUGUGGAAUUGGUUCACGAUCACGUCGUAGAAACUACCUCAAUACCAAAGCUUUCAAAAUUUGUCGGAAAGACCUGCUGGAACAGCGCUCGUGUUCGGAAUCUAUUAGCUGUGAGAAGAAUUCCAAGUGUGCGAUAUUUCAUUGGUCUGAGUGGUCACCUUGUACCUCAUCUUGUGGCGAAGGGACAAAAUUCCGCAUCCGACUUUAUCCGAAUCCGUUGGAAACAGGUUUGUGCAACACAGAUCUCAUGCAGAAAAAUACGUGCAAGGAUGAAAAUUCGGAUUGCUUUUCUCAGGUUUCAAACGCUAAAGAUUCUUUCGACAUUUUGAACCCACCGCUAAGAUUUUACCAGUACAGAACUGAUAAUACCUUUAGUCGUUUCAAGAACGGAAUAGUUUGUGUCCCUUUAAGUUCACUUACCACGUCAGCUACAAGAAUACACGACUAUAACAGAAAGCCUGUAGUUGACUGCCAGGUUUCCGAAUGGUCGGAAUUUAGCUCGUGCAGCGCCACCUGUGGGAAAUCUCGGAAAGAACGGCGUAGAAGAAUUGAAAUACAUUCACGAAAUGGAGGGAAAAGGUGCCCCAACAAACUCGUUCAGCGUCGAAAGUGCAGGAACAUUCCAAAGUGUCGUUGACAGUUCUGCACAGCAUCUACUCACUGAGAUUGUAUAGAAAUUAUGCUACAUAGUCUUAUUAAAUGGUUUGUUAACAGUUAUAAGUUCUUUGGAUAUUAAUGUAAUUCACUAUCAUAAAAAGACUGAUUUUGUCUCGUUUGCUUAUAAAUAUAUAGAACAAUACACUGCUGAUCAGUUAACUAUUUCUUAUGGCAACUCAACCAUUUCGAUGUGAACAUUUUCAAUAAACAUGUCAUCUCGGACAAUAGUUUCUAAAUCUUCAUGAUUAUUAACAGGGUUAAUCUGACGAGAGGCAUAUCU